AAAAAACCAAACUUUUUAGAACAUCUCUACUUCGACAUAUACAUUAUACCACAGAUUUGCACCUUUCAUCUUCGAAAAGUAAUGUCCGGUACUUUGAAGUGCUUUGAGCUUAGCUUCAACUAAGCUCCUUCCCUUAAACAAUGAAGUGCUCCGUCUAGCCAAUAUUGCUGCCCCACUUAAAACCCUAACCAUUCCAGACGAAUUCAGUUCUAAUGGCCGGCCGUCUUCGUCGAAAUGAAGCUGCAUUGGAAGAUAGAAUCAGUCAAUUGCCAGUAGACGUAAUGGACAGAGUCUUGGAGUUCUUAGACACUAGAUCCGCUGCCCGAUCAGCUCUGCUCUCGACUCGAUGGAAGGAUGUUUGGCUUAGUCAUGGCCGGCUUUUCUUCGAUUGGGAAUUCAACGAAUCGCUAGUCAAAAAAAGCGGUGAACCCUCGGCUUCUUUUGGGAAUAUGAUUACCAACAUUCUCUCUCUUCGUUUUGGGCCUGUUAAGAAAUUCGGAUUACAUCUCAGGAAACACUAUCCAAUCCCUCUUCAAUCUGAUAUAGAUAGAUGGUGCCUAUUUCUAUCCAGAAAUGGAGUUGAGGAACUUACCCUCCGUCUUUAUUCUCGUGGUAAUGAACAAUAUCAUCUGCCACUUUGUAUAGUCUCCUGCCCGACCAUUAAGAAACUUGAACUUCAUGAUUUGGUGAUUGAUUUCCCGGUGAAAGCUCCACAGGGUAGUAUAUUCUCUGGUGUAAAAUCUGCAAGUUUUAGUUUUAUUAAUUUUGACCAUAAUGCUAGUGGAAUUAUGUAUUGUAUUCCUAACCUUGAGAAGGUGUUCUUCACCUAUUGUAUUGGGAAUAAUUUUCUGAUAAAUGCUCCAAAACUGAAGACUGUGGAGGUUCUACACACUUUUUCGGAUGUGACUAAGUGGAAAUGGUUGGCUCAUCAUCUUCCGAUGAUUAAGACUCUUUGCUUGUCUACCUAUUAUGAUUUGGGUGGGAGUGAUUAUGCAGCAGUAGGAGCAGCAAAUUGGCAAGAGAUGUUCCCUACUGUAAUAAAUCUUGAAAAGAUUCAGCUGACACUUGCUUUUACUGAGCACUGGGAUUUUGUUGUUCAUCUGAUUAAAAAAUGUCCAAAGCUAUGUGAACUGGGAAUUCAAUUUCCACAGAUUAUUCCUCAAGCUGAGAAAGAAGCUGCUUCAGGGAGUUCAAAAGAUCCAGAAUGUGGCUUUACUGAUCAGGAUCUGGGCAUGCUAAAAACACUGAAGAUGGAAUCAUUUCUUGCAUCAAGACAGGAAGUACUUUUUGUCAAAGCAAUCCUUUCAAACUCUCCUGUGCUUGAGAAACUUGUUAUCAUGGAAUCGUUUUUUAUAGAUGCCUCUGUGGCUUCUGAAAUCCCAAGGCAGGUGCUAUGCUUCCCCCGAGCUUCUCCCAAAGCACAAGUCAUCUUCUUGAAGAACAAGUAUACCCGUCCUGCCACCACCAAGGCACCAACUGUUCCACCACCGACAGACUGCCCCGCUGCCAACAAUCUAAUUAAUUAAUUAAUUAGAUUAGGGUAUUAAGGAUAUAAAAUUUUGAUAUACUCCGUAUAAAGUAAAAGAUUUAAAGUGAUUUAAAGUUGACUCUCGAAAAGCGAAUUAGAAGAUCUUUCAGGGAUGGAAGGAGUAAAUUAGUUUUACUUUUGCUACACUAUUCAUUACUCUUACUCAUGUACUAUUUUUGUCUUAAACUAGUUACUCCACCCGUGCGUUGCACGGGAGUGAAGUACAUAAAGAAAAAUUGAGAUGAAUUAUAUAAACAAAAU